GCGCUGCGGGCGGACGGACGGCUGCGUGUGCUUUUCUCGAGCGGUGGGACGGUGUGAGGAUGGCCGCGGCGGUUGUGGAGGCAGCUCGGGCUCUGGAAGAGUCCUCGGACAGCGAGGCUGAACACGAACCCGGCGCACCGCAGAAACUCAUCCGAAAAGUGUCCACUUCCGGCCAGAUACGCAGUAAGACGGUGCUGAAGGAGGGGAAGCUGAUGAAACAGACGAACUCAUUUCAGCGCUGGAAAAGACGCUACUUCAAGCUGCGCGGGAGGACGCUGUACUACGCGCAGACGGCUAAGUCAAUCAUCUUCGACGAAGUUGAUCUGACCGACGCCAGCGUGGCCGAGUCCAGCACCAAGAACUUCAACAACAGCUUCACAAUCAUCACUCCAUGCAGGCGGCUGAUUCUGUGCGCUGAGAACAGGAAGGAGAUGGAGGAGUGGAUGGCAGCACUGAAAAGUGUUCAGAGCAAAGAACACUUUGAGUCUUCUCAGUACAGUAUGGACCAUUUCUCCGGGAUGCACAACUGGUUCUCGUGCUCUCACGCCCGGCCCACGUACUGUAACGUCUGUAGAGAAGCGCUAAGCGGGGUGACAUCGCACGGCCUCUCCUGCGAAGUGUGUAAGUUCAAGGCUCAUAAGCGAUGUGCUGUCAGAGCUACUAAUAACUGCAAAUGGACAACACUCGCGUCCAUUGGCAGGGACAUCAUCGAGGACGAGGACGGGAUCUCUAUGCCUCAUCAGUGGUUAGAGGGGAACUUACCCGUCAGUGCCAAGUGCAGCGUGUGUGAUAAAACAUGCGGCAGUGUGCUCCGACUGCAGGACUGGCGCUGCCUUUGGUGUAAAGCCAUGGUGCACACAACCUGCAAAGAUCAGCUCUCUACCAAGUGUCCGCUGGGUCAGUGUAAAGUGUCUGUGAUCCCACCUACCGGCCUCAACAGCAUCGACUCUGACGGUUUCUGGAAGGCUUCGUGUCCACCUUCCUGCUCCAGCCCGCUGCUGGUGUUUGUAAACAGUAAGAGUGGAGAUAAUCAGGGCGUGAAGUUUCUGCGCCGGUUCAAGCAGCUGCUCAACCCCGCACAAGUGUUCGACCUGAUGAACGGAGGUCCUCACCUGGGUCUGCGUCUGUUCCAUAAGUUUGACACGUUUCGGAUCUUGGUGUGUGGAGGUGACGGCAGUGUGGGCUGGGUCCUGUCAGAGAUUGACACACUGAUGCUGCACAAACAGUGUCAGCUGGGCGUGCUGCCACUGGGAACGGGAAAUGACCUGGCUAGAGUUCUGGGAUGGGGCUCGGCGUGUGAUGAUGACACACAGCUUCCCCAGAUCUUAGAGAAGCUGGAGAGAGCCAGCACCAAGAUGCUCGACCGUUGGAGCAUCAUGGUCUAUGAGACGAAGUUUCCACGGCAACACUCCAGCUCCACGGUAACGGAUGACUGCAGCGAUGACUCCGAGCAGGUGCAGCACAUUCUGACCUACGAGGACUCAGUUGCGGCUCACUUGUCCAAGAUCCUCACGUCAGAUCAACACUCCGUGGUGAUCAACUCGGCCAAGGUUCUGUGCGAGACUGUGAAGGACUUUGUGGCUAAAGUGGGUCGAGCGUAUGAGAAGAACACGGAGAACUUGGAGGAGUCCGAGACCAUGGCGAAAAAGUGUGGAGUUCUAAAGGAGAAGUUGGACUCGCUAUUGAAGACAUUAAACGAGGAAUCCCAGGCCUCCGUAGCCAUGACGGCACCGCCACCCACCAUCGCCGAGGAGCAGGAGGAAGGGGAGUCGGUCUCCCAGACCCCGCCCACAAUCACGCUGUCGGUCGCACCUCCGUGUUCGCCACGCCCAAGUGUCGCCAUCUUUAAACCCAGAGAGCAGCUGAUGCUGAGAGCCAACAGCCUGAAGAAAGCCAUCAGACAGAUUAUAGAACACACAGAGAAAGCGGUGGAUGAACAGAACGCUCAGACCGAGGCCGUAUUCAACGUAGUGUCACCUCAGGACGAGGAGGAGGAGGAGGAAGAUCUGGAGUCUGAGAGAUCCUUUAGCACCAGGUCGCGACACGUGAGGAGAGCUCCAUGUGAGAAGCUCAUUGCUAAGGGCGGUUUGUCACUGGGCAGCUCUGCAACACUUCCUGCUCAGACAGAAAGUCGGGAGAACAUGCUGAACAACAAGAUCCUUUACCCAGCUGGGAUGUCCGGCACGCUCCCUAGCAGUUCAGUGAUCAGCCGAUUGUUGGUGAACGCCGAUCCCUUCAGCUGCGAACCCGAGAAUAUUGAGUGCUACACGGAGAAAUGUGUGAUGAAUAAUUACUUUGGAAUUGGCCUAGAUGCCAAAAUCUCACUGGACUUCAACAACAAGCGUGAUGAACAUCCAGAGAAGUGCAGGAGCCGCACAAAGAACAUGAUGUGGUAUGGAGUUCUGGGGACCAAAGAGCUUCUGCACAGGACCUACAGGAACCUGGAGCAAAGAGUGCUCUUGGAGUGCGAUGGACGGCCCAUUCCUUUACCCAGUCUGCAGGGCAUCGCUGUGCUGAACAUUCCCAGUUACGCUGGAGGAACAAACUUCUGGGGAGGAACCAAAGAGGACGAUACGUUCACCGCGCCGUCGUUCGACGAUAAGAUUCUGGAGGUGGUGGCUGUGUUUGGGAGCAUGCAGAUGGCCGUGUCUCGAGUCAUCAAUCUGCAGCAUCAUCGCAUAGCUCAGUGUCGAACAGUAAAGAUCACCAUUCAGGGUGAUGAAGGUGUUCCUGUACAGGUGGAUGGAGAAGCUUGGAUCCAACCGCCGGGAUUUAUCAGGAUCAUCCACAAGAACCGCUCACAGACGCUGACCAGAGACAGAGCCUUCGAGAACACUCUAAAGUCCUGGGAGGACAAGCAGAAGUGUGAUUUUCCACGGCCGGUUUCCCAGCAUGCAGUGCAGCCCGAGAUCAUCACUGAGGAGGAAACGGCUCAGAUCAGCCUGUUCGGACAGACAGCAGGAGCUUUGAUACACAGUAUUAGAGAGAUUGCCCAGUCUCACCCGAGCAUGGAGCAGGAGCUGGCGCACGCUGUAAACGCCAGCUCUAAAGCCAUGGACACGGUGUACGCUAACUCCAAGAACAACACGGGCCUGACGUGUACUGUGGUCCUGCAAAUGGUCAGCAAUGUCAAAGCGCUCCACAGUGAGACGGAGCUGCUCCUAGCGGGGAAGAUGUGCCUGCAGUUGGAUCCCCCUCAGAAGGAGCAGUUGAACGCAGCAUUAGCGUCUGUUGCUCUGCAGCUGCGCAGACUAACGGACAUCAGCUGGGUUAGUGCGGUGAUUGACCCAACGGAUGAUGAGGGGCAAAUGGAAUUCUCCAAGCGCACCCGCAGUGGUAAAUUCCGCCUGGUUCCCAAGUUCAAGAGGGACAAGAACAACAAAAACAAGGAGAUGUGUGUCACUAUCAACAUGCCAGUGAAUCAGUGGGGGGUGGAGGAGGUGGCCUGCUGGUUGGAGCAGCUCUGCCUGUCGGAGUAUAAGGAAAUAUUCAUUGGCCAUGAUGUCCGCGGACCCGAACUGCUGCACCUGGAGAGGAGAGACCUUAAGGACCUGGGCGUGACGAAGGUGGGACAUAUGAAACGGAUCUUGCAAGGGAUCCGAGAUCUGAAUCGAAACAGCACGGCCAGCGAGGCUUAGACCCCCCCGCGUCGGUCACAUUCUCAGAGAGGCGGGACCAAGACAGUACAGCCAAUCGGCACGGAGGGACCAACUCAUUUAAGCUCAGCACAGUGCCUUCAUUUGACCACUUGUGACAUCAGCGAUCAGGAAAAACCUUCCCUACUGCCUCAGUGUGUGUGUGUGUGUGUGUGUGUGUGUGUGUGUGGAGGAUAAAUAAGAGCCAUUAUUAAACAAAGGGCUUCAGCCUACUGAAAGUGGAACAGGGACCAAAACUGAUCAGUUGUAGAAACUGAUCAGUCAUUAUUACCUUUUAGCAAGAUGUUUUAUUUAAAUGACCACUAAUCUACACACAAGCAGUGUGUAUCUGUGCUGCAUUCUGACAAUCAGAUUGUAAACAGUCUUAAAAUGAUCUACCUGUGUAAGGAUGCCUUAUGCGAGCAGAAUAAUGUCAUAUCAGUGUUAGGGUUUGGGUUAGCCUUUAAAGCGUGUGUUUACGGUUGGGUUUGAGAGGCCUUUAGGAAAAGCUUUAGCACUACACCGGGGCGGCUUUGGGAGGAAAAGAAAUCUGUUUUUUACUUGACAUCUAAUUGAUGUUGACUAGCGUAAUCCAUAUAACACUUAAGGGUCAUUACAUUUACAUUUUCAGCAUUUAGCAGUCUCUUUUAUCCAAGGCGACUUACAGUACUGUGACAGUAUAUAAUCUUGCUUAAGGGUCCAACAGUGGCAACCUGGCAGUGGUGGGGUUUGAGCCAGCGACCUUUUGAUUACUAGUCCAGUACCUUAACCACUAGGCUACAACUGUAAGGUUAGGGUUAAUGUCAGGGAACUGAGAUAGCAGGAGAAGUUUGGAUUAGCUCUGGGGUUUGAACUAUCGCUGAGGUUAUUGUUUGCAUCUUGUUUUAGGUUAGUGCUUAGAAGUUGAACGGUAUUGCAAAGUGACUCUCUGCAUCAAUUGGCUUAUGCCUCGUUCACACUAUACGAUUUUUGCCUUGAUUCUUUGACCUGCCAACAGGUCGUGCUAGAUGUGGCAGCUCGGAGCCGAAUCGGCAUUCGCUCUGGGCUCAGAAAUCGGCUCUUGAUUCAUUUGUUUACGCUGCAUAUCAGCGCACAAACAACUUUGAUGACAAAAUGUAAUUUGGGAGACUCGUCUGAGAUUCCUCCCGGUGAUAGAUGGUAUAGUGUGUGAUCCCCUAACGCCGAUCAGUCGUGUAGUGUGAAGACCACAACGACCUUAAAGACUCCCGAUUACAAGAGAUCAGGUUGUGUAGUGUGAACUGUACAGCGAUCCGAACACCUUGAAAGUCGUGUAGUGUGAACUCAUUGGUUCUUAUUGGUUAGAUAUUGAACGCCUGGCAGAUAACUGGUUUCUCAUUAGCUGCCCCUCAAGGGGUAAAUGUUAAGUAAGAAGGCGAACAAGCUGGCAUGAUUAACAUGAGUGCCAAUGAAGUGCUUUAGGAAUAGAGGAAUAGAAGAUCCUUAACCUGACGUGGCAGUUAAACCGAUUAAAACUAGUGAAAUUAUUGUGUAAAUUUACAUUUUGAAUACACAUUUAUAUGAAUACUGACUCUCAAGUUGUAUUGCAGCACUGCUUGAGGUAAGAAAGCGGUUCUAAGCUUAGCGGUUUAGCCUUUACACUUGGAGGAUUUACAUUUCCCAAAACAACGAGUCGAAUAGCUAUUUACUUAUAGAGUAGUAUAGAAUAGCUGCUAACAACAGUACAUUCAGGACUUUAUUAAAUGCUGGGGUGUAGAUCGGUGCAUUGUGAUUUUGAUCAGCGUUGGGAGAGUUAGCAUGAGCAUCUAAAAACACAGGAGCCAAACACUCACUAUUAAAUGGAUGGAAGUUUGUUGCUAGAAGAACAACGAUUGCUAUAUACGAGUUCUCACUGUUACUGGAAGUUAGGCUAGCGAUUUAGGUAGCCUAUAAUACGCACAAUAGACAGGUACAGUGACUGGAAAUGAUCCAAGGGCCAAAAACACCAUGUUUCUUUGUUGUUUAAAAAUUCCGUAUGAUUAAAAUGACCCUUUACACUUUUACACAUUUAGCAUUGACUGCUAAGUAAACUGUCAUAGGUUUCAGUAAAGGGUUUUGAAGAGAAACACAAUAUUUUCAACACAAUGAAAUUGUUCUAACGACAGUGUUGUUUACAUCUGUGCUAACAGCUCAUAUUUAUACAACCUGACUACAGUUCUCAUAAAAACUCACUCCAGCUGUGUAAUACGUGUGCUUGUGUCAGUCAUAUCGUUCAUUCCUGCCAGCGGUAAUCGUUCCUGUUCUUGAAUAUUUAUUAUGAAAUGCUGUCGUGUACAUAAACAUGUGUAAGAAUGUACAUACAUUCUUCAUGUACAGUUAAACGUCCUGCAUUAAACCUGCCCUCAGUGAA